UGUGAGAAGUGAAGUGAGGAGAGGCGAGGAGAGGCAGCCCCGGACCCACGGACCCACAGACUGAGCGGCCCCUACGGCCGUCAGCAGCCAGGCGGCCCGAGAUGUUGUCCGGGAAGAAGGCGGCGGCCGCAGCUGCCGCGGCGGCCGCUGCUGGCUCAGAGGCCGGCGCCGGGCCAGCGGCUGGCUCGGAGAAUGGCUCAACCGUCGUGCCUGGAUCUGCAACCCCCAUGGAAACGGGAAUCGCAGAGACUCCAGAGGGGCGACGCACCAGCCGGCGCAAGCGGGCGAAGGUAGAGUACAGAGAGAUGGAUGAAAGCUUGGCCAACCUCUCCGAAGAUGAGUAUUAUUCAGAAGAAGAGAGAAAUGCCAAAGCAGAGAAGGAAAAGAAGCUUCCUCCACCACCCCCUCAAGCCCCACCUGAGGAAGAAAAUGAAAGUGAGCCUGAAGAGCCAUCUGGGCAAGCAGGAGGACUUCAAGACGACAGUUCUGGAGGGUAUGGAGACGGCCAAGCAUCAGGUGUGGAGGGUGCAGCGUUCCAGAGCAGACUCCCUCAUGACCGGAUGACUUCUCAAGAAGCAGCUUGUUUUCCAGAUAUCAUCAGUGGACCACAGCAGACCCAGAAGGUCUUUCUAUUUAUCAGAAACCGCACAUUGCAGUUGUGGUUGGAUAAUCCAAAGAUUCAGCUGACUUUUGAGGCUACUCUCCAACAAUUAGAAGCACCUUACAACAGUGACACUGUGCUUGUCCACCGAGUUCACAGUUACUUGGAGCGCCAUGGUCUCAUCAACUUUGGCAUCUAUAAGAGGAUAAAGCCCCUCCCAACUAAAAAGACAGGAAAGGUAAUUAUUAUAGGCUCUGGAGUCUCGGGCUUGGCAGCAGCUCGUCAAUUACAAAGUUUCGGAAUGGAUGUCACACUUCUGGAAGCUAGGGAUCGUGUAGGUGGACGAGUGGCCACAUUUCGCAAAGGAAACUAUGUAGCUGAUCUUGGAGCCAUGGUAGUAACAGGUCUUGGAGGGAACCCCAUGGCUGUCGUCAGCAAGCAAGUAAAUAUGGAACUGGCCAAGAUCAAGCAAAAAUGCCCACUUUAUGAAGCCAAUGGACAAGCUGUUCCUAAAGAGAAAGAUGAAAUGGUAGAGCAAGAGUUUAACCGAUUGCUAGAAGCUACAUCUUACCUUAGCCAUCAGCUGGACUUCAAUGUCCUGAAUAAUAAGCCUGUGUCCCUUGGCCAGGCAUUGGAAGUUGUCAUUCAGUUACAAGAAAAGCAUGUCAAAGAUGAGCAGAUUGAACAUUGGAAGAAGAUAGUGAAAACUCAGGAGGAAUUGAAAGAGCUUCUUAAUAAGAUGGUAAAUUUGAAAGAGAAAAUUAAAGAGCUCCAUCAGCAAUACAAAGAAGCAUCCGAAGUGAAGCCGCCCAGAGACAUCACUGCUGAGUUCUUGGUGAAGAGCAAGCACAGGGACCUGACUGCCCUGUGCAAGGAAUAUGAUGAAUUAGCUGAAACACAAGGAAAGCUAGAAGAAAAACUUCAAGAAUUGGAAGCUAAUCCCCCAAGUGAUGUGUAUCUCUCGUCAAGAGACAGACAAAUACUUGACUGGCAUUUUGCAAAUCUUGAAUUUGCUAAUGCCACACCUCUUUCUACACUCUCCCUUAAACAUUGGGAUCAGGAUGAUGACUUUGAGUUUACUGGCAGCCACCUGACAGUGAGGAAUGGCUACUCAUGUGUGCCCGUGGCGUUAGCAGAAGGCCUAGACAUUAAAUUGAAUACAGCGGUCCGGCAGGUCCGUUACACAGCUUCAGGGUGUGAAGUGAUAGCUGUGAACACCCGCUCCACAAGCCAGACCUUCAUUUACAAGUGUGACGCCGUGCUCUGUACCCUCCCCUUGGGCGUGCUGAAGCAGCAGCCGCCGGCUGUUCAGUUUGUGCCGCCUCUUCCUGAGUGGAAAACAUCUGCGGUGCAGAGGAUGGGAUUCGGCAACCUGAACAAGGUGGUGUUGUGCUUUGACCGGGUGUUCUGGGAUCCCAGUGUCAAUUUGUUCGGGCAUGUUGGCAGCACGACUGCCAGCAGGGGUGAGCUCUUCCUCUUCUGGAACCUCUAUAAAGCUCCUAUACUAUUGGCACUAGUGGCAGGAGAAGCUGCUGGCAUCAUGGAAAACAUAAGUGAUGAUGUGAUUGUAGGCCGAUGCCUGGCCAUCCUCAAAGGGAUUUUUGGUAGCAGUGCAGUGCCCCAGCCCAAGGAAACAGUGGUGUCUCGCUGGCGUGCUGAUCCCUGGGCCCGGGGCUCCUAUUCCUAUGUAGCUGCAGGAUCAUCUGGAAACGACUAUGAUUUAAUGGCUCAGCCAAUCACUCCCGGCCCCUCAAUUCCAGGUGCCCCACAGCCAAUCCCACGACUCUUCUUUGCUGGAGAACACACAAUCCGUAACUACCCAGCCACAGUCCACGGUGCUCUGCUGAGUGGGCUUCGAGAAGCAGGAAGGAUUGCAGACCAGUUCUUGGGAGCCAUGUACACCCUGCCUCGCCAGGCCACCCCAGGUGUCCCUGCACAGCAGUCCCCAAGCAUAUGAGACAGUCGUAUCCUAAGGGAAGAGGCUGACGUAUGUGUCUUUUGCUGUGUAAGCAAAACUCUUCUAGCAAUACUAGAUUCCUGAAAAACUUGCCCUGGCUUCCCGGCUCCCAUGAUCAACUGAAGUUCAUGGGAGGUGGCCGAGGAGGGAGGCACUUGACCAUUGGUGUGGAGUGUGCGCUUCAUCAAGACUGAGGCAAGCAGGCGCUAUGAGGACAUCUUAGUCUCUUGGUGUGUGGUAGCUUUUUUAUAUUUUGAGAAUAAAACUUCAUAUAAAAUUA